AGUUCAAUGUCGAAUAGGGCACAUAAUCUUAUGGUACCUGAAUCGCAUACACUCGAUCAAGAGUCGAGGGAACGAAGUAGAUCCGAUAGUGAUAUGUCACCCAAAGAAGAGCGAAUGGAUACGUCGCUUCAGUCAACGAUAUCGGUUCCUGCGGCGACGUCGAGACGCCUAUCAACAAUAGGACAGUAUAAAAAGCGGCUUCUCCAAAAGUACCAAGAAGAGCAGGAAGAGCGGUUGGCACGAAAGCAGCGUAGCAGUAGUAGUCCACCGCCAAGUGCUACGGAGUCUGAAAUCGAUGAUUCGGAUCUGCGUAGUGUGAGCCGAUUAGCAUCGCGGCAGCCUACGAUCGAAGAGCCACCACCAUCUCCUCAACCUGAACUCACUGCAGAAAAUCUAGAGAACGCUAUGCGGCAAGCGUUAGGUGGGCAAACCCAAAUUCAAAUGUGGAUGGAACGCCAAAUUGUCGCACUCCAAGCGGUUAACAUGUAUAACAAUGCCAUGAACAGCGGCUUACUUCAAGUCCCCAAUCCUCAACUAUUAGCACCGCCCACUGACCAUCUAUCACGCGCUCCUUUGUUACGACAGAGUACUUUGGAUGUGAGCGGAACAAGUAUGGGAGCUGGGCCGGUGAAGGGAGCGACCUUAUGGAGGCGAAGUCGAUCCGAAUCGGAUGUGAGCAGUCGCAAUCUCACGACUGGGCCGUUUGUUUGCGCUACUUGUGGACAGGCAUUCGCUCUACAUGAUCGAUUAGCUAAACACAUUGCAUCCCGACAUCGAGAUCGGUCUGCCUCUGCAUUAGCGGAAGCGGAUGGUGCAAAAUCGCACAAGUGCAACGUCUGUAACAAAAGUUUUGGGCGGAGUGAUAUGUUAACGAGGCAUAUGCGACUUCAUACGGGUUUGAAGCCCUACAGCUGCCAGCUUUGCGGACAGGUAUUCUCCCGAUCAGAUCACCUCAGCACGCAUCAGCGCACUCAUACAGGCGAAAAACCUUACCAGUGCCCAUUAUGUCAAUAUGCAGCAAGCCGACGCGAUAUGAUCACCCGCCAUUUGCGGACCCACGUGCGUCCGGACGGUUCACCUGUGGACAUAUCCGUACCAAUUGCUCAACUAUCAUUGACGCCCUCCAUAUCACCCGUUCCGUCAAACUUUGGACAAAGCUCGCCACAAGCUGCGACGAAUGAUGUUCGUCAACUUCUCGGUACGGUUGGCAGCAGUUUAGAGGGUUAG